UUGUCUGAAGCAGAGAGUGACUUCAAUCGUGAGUCCAUCAUUGUACAGAGUCCAAAGCUUCCAGUCAUCUUCGAGGGGAAGGAGAUGGACCUCAGGUUCUCUACUCUGAAUGAGAGUGAUGUAUUUGAUGAUGAGAUUGAGGAGGAAGAAGAAAGUGCAUUUGGGCCUAUUGUUGUGCACUCUGUCAGCAUUGUAAAUGUCAAUCCUGGAGCGAUGGACGACAACUAA